AUGAAUCUCAACUAUACCUUGUUCAAAGGUGCUUCUUUCCAACUGAACACCAUUGAUCUAGAUGCACGUUCUUCCGUUGCCAAAAUCUUAUCUGUUCCCUCUGUGAAACAGGUGUGGCCUGUCCAGCUCUACAAACGACCGGCGAAUACGUCAAUCAGCUCAGUCAGCAGUGAUUCUAGCCACUUGAAGGAAGCUUCAGAUCUUCUACGUAGAGCAACGUCUGCGAAGGACACCUAUGCACCACACGUUGCCGUUGAGGUCGAUAAGCUUCAUGCAGAGGGAAUCACAGGCAAGGGUGUGAAGAUUAGCAUCAUCGACACUGGAGUUGACUUCAACCACCCCGCUUUGGGUGCAUGCUUUGGCAAAGAUGGCUGUGUUGUCAAAUAUGGAGAGGACCUGGUUGGAGACGAUUAUAAUGGAAGCAAUACCCCCGUGCCUGGCGGUGAACCCUUCAGCACUUGUGAUGGCCACGGAACACACGUCACCGGCAUCAUCGGGGCGUUGCCAAACCCCAUGGGCUUUACUGGUGCCGCCCCUGGAGCAACUAUUGGCAUGUACAGAGUCUUUGGCUGCAGCGGUGAUGUUGGAGCCGACGUUGCCAUUGCAGCUGUCAACAAGGCUUACGAAGACGGAGCGGAUAUCAUCACAAUCUCUCUUGGUGGAUCAUCUGGCUGGACGGAAGACUCCUUUUCAGUUGCUGUUUCACGAGUAGUCGAGGCUGGUGUUCCCUGCACGGUGGCCAACGGCAACUCAGGCUCAGGAGGACUAUUUGUUGCAGGCACCCCAGCCAACGGCAAAGGCGUCACGGCGGUGUCAUCUGUUGAGAGCACUUGGACGCCGUUUUUGGGAACGGCAGCAUAUGUGAGCACUGACAACUCCACAACUAACCAGACUCUCUUUGUGUACACCCCUGGAGCUUACCCAUUCCCCAACAUUACUCUCCCAGUGUGGGCAGUGACACCUGAGUUUACUACCGAUGGCUCUUAUGGCGCAUGCAAUCCUCUCAAUGACAAGGCGCCAGCCGACCUCAGCAACGUAGUUGUUCUCCUGUCGCAAGAUUCUUGUACCUCUUGGGGUGAAGUUGCGAAUCUGCAGCUGAGAAAUGCCCAAUACUACAUGUUCUACUUGGAUGGGCCUGGAAACCCUUAUCAAAUUGGAGCCACCGCCGCCGCGGGCCUAGGAUUGACGGGUUAUUCUCAAGGUGUCUUGUGGCAAAAGCAGAUCAGCGACGGUCAAGACUUGUAUUUGACUUUUGUCCAGCCAACAUCCAGUGCCAAGUCUGGCGUCUUUGUUCCCAAUGCCGUCAAUCCCAACUACAUUGACACUUUCACAAGCUGGGGCCCAACAUGGCAAGCUGAUAUCAACCCCUCCAUCACAACUCCCGGAGGUUCCAUUCUUUCUACCUGGCCCUUGCCCGCCGGAGGCUACCAAAUUGAUCAGGGUACUUCUAUGGCUACGCCGCUCAUGGCCUCAGUCUAUGCCCUUAUCAUGCAAGCACGGGGCAUCAAGGACCCCAAGACUCUGAUGAACUUGGUAUCCUCAACGGCUCUCCAGCUGCCCUUCUAUGAUGGAACAACCCUCUAUGCCAAUGAGUUGGCUCCUGUCGCUCAGCAAGGUGCCGGUUUGGCUCAAGCUUACAAAGCCGCCCACGCAACAACUUUGCUCAGCGUUCCCAACAUUGCAUUCAACGACACUGACAACUUUGUCAAGAAGGCUAGCUUCUCGAUCAAAAACACGGGAAAGCGAAGCGUCACAUACACAAUCGGCCACACUCCCUCUCUGACCAUGUACACAUACGGAAAUGGUGACAGCCACUUCCCGGCCCCAUUCCCGAACCCCAUCGCUGAGGGUGCUUCAGCCAAGCUUACCUUUUCCCACAACAAGGUCACAGUCCCAGCAGGAAAGUCGGCCGAGAUUACCGUCGUACCAACUCCCCCUCAUGGACUGAAUGCUUCCGCCCUCCCAGUUUACAGUGGAUAUAUCACACUGAAUGGUACAAAUAAUGAGAAUCUUGUUGUUCCUUACUUGGGAGUUGUAGGUAGCUUGGCCAAGCUUCCGGUGCUCGACCCUGACUUUAACUACAUUGUUCACUACAACGUCUAUUCGACCACACCGGCUGUCGAUAAUACUACGUUUAUCAUUCCUUAUCCUGUUGAUGGAUCCCCGCAGCCCAUUGACCCUCCUCCGGAUUAUCCCGCUCCCCUCAUGCAGAUCGAUGCUGGUUCGCCUCUCCUUCGAGUCGACCUCGUCGCUACAGGCGAGACAAAAGCCAAGGUCAACACGACGAAUGUGCUGGGUGUCGAUAUCGUGGGAAGUCUUCCUGGCUACCCUCUUCCGUUCACUGGAAGAUCCUUUUACGUCAACGCAUUCACCGGAAUGACACAAGAGGGUGUCGUCGUUCCUGAGGGAAGCUACCAGUUCUUGAUCAGGGCGGUGACCAUCUAUGGAGAUGUGAACAAUGCCAAGGAUUAUGAGAGCACGCUCACUCAGACGUUUAACAUUCAGUACAACACGACUGCGGCGUAA